AUGUUAUUGGAGAUGGAGCAACAUUCGGGCAUGAUAUCCCUGAGCAUGUCGCCGUUCCACCUGAGUCCGCAGGGCAGUCCGCAGGCCGCCGGCCAGCAGCCCUCGCAGCAACAGCCGCAGCCGCACUACGGCUCGUCGGCGUACAGUAGUUGCGCGCAGAGCUCGCCAUCGCCCAUGUGCCAUCAGCCGCAGUCCCAAACGCAACAACAGCAGCAGCAGCAGCAGCAGCAACAACAACAACAAAUGUCCGCGCACAAUCAGGCGGCACAGUCGCAGGGUAUGUCGAGUUUCGAAGCCGCCUUCUUCGAUUCCGCCUCGCUCGAGGACCAUCGGUGUCCCAUGUGCGGCCACAAGAACAUGUCCGGCUAUCAGUGCGGUCUGCAGAGUCCGUUCUGCGAGAGCUGCAAGAAUGUGUUCAAGCGCAACGGUUCGCCGUGCAGCAACAAAAAGGUCUACACGUGUCUCUUCUCGCAAACGAGUGGCGGCGGCGGCGGCGGUGGCAACGGCGGUGGCGGCAAUGCGAGUAACGGGGGUGGCGGCGGCGGCGGCAGUAACGGCGGCGGAGGCGGUUACACCGGCGGCGGCGGCGGUGGCGGCGGCAACGGCGGCGGCACUGUCGGAGGUGGUGGUCCAGGCGCGGCCAACGCCACGGUCAGCGGCGGACCGGCCACCGCCGCGGGAAGUGGCAACGUCGCCGCCGGUGCGGUGCCGACCGGCGGCGGUACCCUCUGCCACCCCGGAUUGGGCCAGGUCGGCGUCGUGACCGGCUCGAUACCGUGCCCGUCCGAUUUCCCGGACACCAAGGACAUCGUCAUCGAGGAGCUGUGCCCCGUAUGCGGCGACAAGGUGUCCGGUUAUCACUACGGUUUACUCACGUGCGAGUCCUGUAAGGGAUUCUUCAAGCGCACCGUCCAGAACAAGAAGGUCUACACGUGCGUCGCUGAGAGGUCCUGUCACAUCGACAAGACGCAGCGGAAACGGUGUCCCUACUGCCGCUUUCAGAAGUGCCUCGAGGUCGGCAUGAAGCUCGAAGCUGUGCGGGCGGACAGAAUGCGGGGCGGUAGAAACAAAUUCGGGCCCAUGUACAAGAGGGAUCGGGCGCGGAAGCUGCAGUUGAUACGCCAGCGGCAACUGGCGAUCCAGACGAUACGCGGCAGCCUUGGCGACCCGGCAAGCUACUCCUCCGCGGUCGCGCCCUUGAUGCACAUCAAGCAGGAGAUCCAAAUACCUCAGGUCUCGAGUCUGACCUCGUCGCCGGACUCGAGCCCGUCCCCCGCGACCGUGGCCGCGGGCCUGGUCACGACGCAGGCCGGCGGCGGCGGCGGCGGCAGUGGCAGCGGAGCCGGCCAGCACCAGCUGAUCGCGCCAUCCAGUCAGCCCAACAUGGGCGGCGGCAAUCACCUGCACAACCUCAACCCGGGUCUGGACAGCAAGCUCUGGGCCGCCAACUCCACCACCCCCGGCACGAAGGUCUUUAACUUCGGCGAGCAGUCCGCGCAGCCAUGCAGCGGCGGGGUGCCGACCUACGCGCCCAACCCCACCGUCGCAUUCAAGACACUUAGCCCGAUAAUAAGGGAGUUUAUGUUGUCGAUCGACGACCGCGAGUGGCAGACGUCUCUCUUCGGACUGUUGCAAAGCCAAACGUAUAAUCAGUGUGAAGUGGACUUGUUCGAAUUAAUGUGCAAAGUGCUCGAUCAGAAUUUGUUUUCGCAGGUAGACUGGGCUAGAAACUCGACGUUCUUCAAAGAUCUCAAGGUUGACGAUCAAAUGAAGUUGCUACAACAUUCUUGGUCGGAUAUGUUGGUGCUCGAUCACCUUCAUCACAGGUUACACAACAAUCUACCCGACGAGACGACACUUCACAAUGGCCAAAAGUUUGAUCUUCUCUGUCUCGGCCUACUCGGAGUUCCUUCCUUGGCCGAAACCUUCAGGGAACUAUCCAAAACGCUUCAGGAACUAAAAUUCGACGUUCCCGAAUAUAUAUGCAUGAAAUUCCUAAUGCUGCUGAAUCACGAUGUCCGUGGACUAGCAAACAAGAAGCAUGUGCAAGAGGGUCACGAGCAGGUUCAACAGUCGCUUAUGGAACACACGCUAACCAAUCACCCAUCUGUACUGGAUAAAUUUAACAAGUUGCUGGCAGUAUUACCGGACAUUCACGAGGUGGCAACCAAGGGAGAGGAGCAUCUUUAUCAGAAACAUUGCAAUGGCGGCGCACCAACGCAAACGCUUCUCAUGGAGAUGCUUCACGCCAAGAGAAAAUGAAACGAUCAGUUUUACUUGGUAAUCUUUGCCAUCGAAUGAGAAAGAAGUCCGUUAUUACACGUAUACACACAUACACACACAUAUAUACACACAUAUACACACACAUAUAUUUAUAUAUAUAUAUUCAUAUAUAAAUAUAUAUAAAUAUAUAUAUACAUAUAUAUUGAAAGUCCUGUUAUAAUGCCCCUAAUCGUGAGAUAGAGUGGACCUCAAAGUACCUAUUAAGAGCUAAAACGCUGCUAAGGUAUCGGACCAAGUAAAGGGGCCCUGGUUCAUGAAAUACCUAUGCAUACAAAUCAAGUAUAGACGUACAUACGUUACAUACGUUACACAUACACAUACAUAUAUAUAUACAUAUAUAUAUAUAUAUCACACAUAGUAUAUGUAUUAUAAAGUGUAUCUAAAUAUAUAUAAACACAAUGACAUAUAUUUUCUAUAUUUGAUGUUGAAGUUUUAGAGAUGUAUGUGGAGAAUUACCCCUGUUAAUGGGUAUAAGCGCAGGGAAACAGUAAGCAAGAUGCCUUGAAAACAGUACAAAGGGUGGUUAAACAAAAAACUAUUGGUCAAAGGGCAGGCAAUUUUUGUCUAAAUAAGUAAAGCUAUUUUUCUAAUACUUAGAGGCGAAUUUAUUUUUAAGCAUACCACACUGAAGCCUUGCUCUCACUCGAACGAAAUAUUAUCGUACUGCUAAAGAAAAAAAAAAGAGAAUCAAAUUCUCUCUCCAGAUCAAUCGUGCUUCUGCAAGGGAUUCAAUGGGCAUACUUGAAUGACAAUGAACUUGCAUGUGAUAUACAUAUAUGUUUGUCGCACGGCCACCUGGGCAUCCUUAGGAUUUCCUAUAAAGAAAAAAAAAAUCUGCAUUUUCGUCACACUUGCACACAGCGGGGCUACUAUAUUGUAAAUACUAGUUAACACAUUCCAAUUAUGUUGUAAAGUACAGAUCAUGUUAAAUAUGUAAUUACAUAUUUUGUGUAUAGUUGAAUAAUGAAAUGAAAUAAAUAUAUUUCUGUUGCUUACUUGAGGAAAAAUCAUUAGCUACUUAAUGUCUUCACUAAUUUUAGGAUCUUAUCCAUGUAUUUUUUUCUUUAUUACUUCUUCAAAUAGGUGGCGGAAAGGAAAAUAACUACAAAUUGCGAUAUUUUACUAUUGUAUGUUGUACCAUAAUAAAGAUUCUGUUUAAGAAAUAAAAGAAUCAUUGGAGCAAGGUU